GGUACGGCUCCGGCGUGACUAAAUACAGCUCUGCCCCGAGCGCCGCCUCCUUCGCGGCUCUGCUCCGGUGGACGAGCGACCUCCGCGUCUUGGCUCCGUGCUGUUCGUCCCGUUACCUCAUCCGCUGAGGCCUUCAGCCUCUCGCCAGGCUCCCUCCGAGCCACGGAUCGAGCCGUCGGAGGGACGGCGGCUGCUUCAGGCCAGCUUCCAGCGUGGUUCUAGCUGAUGCCCAGGCUUCCUUGUUAUGAUGCCGUCACGCACCAACCUGGCUGCUGGGAUUCCCAGCAGCAAAGUCAAGUAUUCCAAGCUCUCCAGCACUGACGAUGGAUAUAUUGACCUGCAGUUCAAGAAGAGCCCGCCAAAAAUCCCCUACAAGGCAAUUGCACUGGCUGUAGUGCUCUUCAUGAUUGGGACCUUCCUCAUCAUCAUAGGAGCCCUCCUCUUGGCCGGGUACAUCAGCAAAGGGGGAACGGACCGUGCGAUCCCUGUGCUGAUCAUCGGGAUCCUUGUGUUUCUGCCUGGCUUCUACCACCUGCGUAUUGCCUACUACGCGUCCAAAGGCUACCGGGGCUAUUCCUACGAUGACAUCCCGGAUUUCGACGACUGAACCGCGUUCCAGAUCACACUGUAAUUAGAUUGGUGAUAGGAGCUGUUAGUCACCCUGGGCAUCAGAGUGCGUAGGGCUGUAAAUGAAGCAGAUGAGUCACAAGAUGUGACUUGCUGGUUUUGUAAAUAGUGUGUAGAAGUGUUGCCAGUUUCUCACUUUGGGGGAGUUUUAAACGUGGGAUCGACCAAGGGGAUUGCAACAUCCUGUGGGGAGGACACGUGACUUGUUAUUUUCCCUCUUUUGGUUGUGUCACGCUGGUUGCUUGUAAAAAGUUUUUUUUUUUUUUUUUUUUUUUCCUUGGGCAAGGUAAUUCUAGUCAUUUUCCAAAAAUAGAUGGGCCGGAAAGUUUCAGCAACCAAGCUAUUUGUUUUUCUAGCUUUUCUGGAGUUUAUUUUACUUCUCAAAGAUUGUGGUUGUCCCUGGGUUUACUGUUGCAAGCAAAUAGCGCAUCCAGUUUUUUUGCUCUGUCAAUCACAAACAUUUCUAAUGUACUUAUGGUCUUGUGCUUGCAUCUGGAAUAAUGGAAGUCAGAUGCACACAAGGGGGAAAACUGCACUUGCAUGGAAUAAUUCUCAGUGCAUUUGCUACACAGCUCCUCUUGUUAGAAUGACAAAUCUUAUUUACUCAGCAAAUGCAUUCCUCGGAAGCAAGCACUUCUGCGUGCUGCUCUCAGUUUUGGCAAAGCCAGCUGUCAUCCUUUAAGAGGACUGUUGUUGGAUACUUUUUUUGCUUAUUGUUUUCAACUUAACAGAGACAGGAGGAGAAUUGGAAUCCAGAUCAAGAUUCAAGUGUCUGAUUAUACCAAAGUCUUGUUUUGACUGGUGAGGAUAUUGGAGACACUUGAAUUGCAGCGAUCUGUGUGUAUAUUUGGGAUCAUCUCGUCCUCCUGUAGCCAAGAUGCUGUGCAUCUUGUCUAGAUGCACAGUUCCCUAGACCAGUAAAAACUGUACAAUUUACCCUGAACACAAAUGCAGUUUGUAUUGUUUUGCUGGCUUAAAUAAUACGUUGUUUUGGGCCGAGCAGAUUGAUAGCUCUGUACUUGAUGCAAAAGCUAGGUGUCUCCUGAAGCGGAAACGAACACUGUCCCAGAGAACAAGUACAGAAUAGUAAUGCAAGACUCCACUGUAUGUAUUUAAACUGAAUAAACUUCACUAUAUUCUGUGUA